GCCUCCAGUCCAGUCUCCCUCCGAGCCGAGAGCGGCCUGGGCAGAGCCAGAGCGGCUGAGCCAGGCUGAGUGAGGCGAGGCGAGGCGCAGCCCUCCGCUCCUCCGCUCAGCGCGCUCAGCCACCCGCGCGGCGCCCGCCCGCCACGCCGCGCGCACCCGCGCGCCGGUGUGUGUGUGUGUAUCUGUGUGUGUGCCAGCGCGCCAGGAUGUGACGGCGUCAUCGGCAACCCCAUGCGCUACGGACAGCACGCCGCCGCCGCCGUCCCGCCCGUCGCCGCUGACUGAGGCGGGCCCACGCCCGGAGAGCUAAGGGCUCGGCCCCCGCCCCGCCCCACCCCGCCCGGCCCCACCCCGCCCGAAGACCUGUAGCAGCGCGCCCCGCCCGCUCAGCCAUGGCGCAGCCCAGCACGCCCCCGCACUGCGGCAACACGUGAGGCCAGGCCAAUGAGGCCAUGAGGCGCCAUGGGGCCGGGGAGGGUGCCGUGGGUGGUGGUGGGGGCGGUGCUGCUGCAGCUCAUGCCCGCUGCGGGCGCGCUCGACGCUUCGACGAGAAAGGAUAGCGAGGACGCCCUGCAGGUGGUGCACGACGUGUCCACCGGCAGCCUCGGCACGCUGUGCCUCGCCGACCAGCACUUCCGCUCGCUGUCCGCCGCCGUGGACGCCCGCCGCUACGACUCGCUCCGGCAGAAGGCCGACAUGGCCGCGCUCGUCCUCAAGGACCUCGGCGUGGCACACCACAACGGGCUGCUUGACGCGCUGACCCGCGCGCUGCUCCUGUCGGAGCGCCACGUCGUCUCGGCUCGCAUCCUGGCGCUCAACGCGUCCACGGGCGGCGUCGUCAACAUGGUCGAGUGGCACGCCGAGGGCGAGGGGCUGGCGCUCGUGGGGCCGACCCGCGCGCACCCGGCCAGCCUGCCCGCCGACCCGGCCGACCUGCCCUGGUACGAGGACUCGGCCACGUCGCCCACGCUCCGCUCGCCAAAGUUUGUCGACUCGCCGGCGAACGUGUCGUUCCGCGGCUGGUGGACCUUCCCCUACUUCUCGUGCUCGUCCAGGCGCUGGCUGCUCUCCUACAGCGUGCCCGUGCCACCCACCAGCCGACACCCGACCAAGGGCUUCCUGAGCGUGGACGUGGACCUGUCCAUGCUGGAGGUGAACCAGUGCGAGGCCAAGAACAGUCCGCAGCGCCACGUCCCCGCCGAGGAGCAACAGAUCAGCGUCUUCCACGGCACGCACAAGUGCGACAACAUCACCACGGAGUGCGUCCACACACCGGGCGCGGGUUGGGCCAGGGGCAGCUACUACUGCCGCUGCAGGCCCGGCUACUACAGCCACAGCAACAGGGGGAUAUUCAACGGCACGGUCGUCGAGCAGGCCUGGCAGGAGUACGAGCAGGCUCAGCAGGGCUUGCAGGGCCUGUCGCAGGAGCAGCCGGCGCCCUGGUCCAAGGGGCCGCUGUCCCUGUUCCUCUGUCAGCAGUGCGCCCCGGGCUGCGAGACGUGCCGAGGGCCGGAGCCAUGCCUCGCGCGGUACAACUGGCCGUUCAGAAUCAGCCUGCUGGUAGUGUCCGUGUGCUGCGUGGUCAUGGUGCUGGCCCUGGCGGCGUACGUCUACCACAACCGCCGCAUCAAGGUGUUCAAGGUGGCCUCCCCCAUCUUCCUGGCCAUCACGCUGCUGGGCUGCGCCAUGAUGUACCUCGAGCUCGCCGCCAUCUUCCCCGUGCUGGACUCGUACUCGUGCAUCGCCACCAAGUGGGCGCGGCACCUCGGCUUCUGCAUCACCUACACCGCGCUACUCAUGAAGACGUGGAGGGUGUCGCUCACGUACCGCGUCAAGUCUGCGCACAAGAUCAAGCUGACGGACAAACAGCUGCUGCAGUGGAUGUUCCCCAUCCUGCUCGUCAUGCUCAUCUUCCUGGGCGCGUGGACGCUGAGCGCGCCGCCGCAGGCCGAGGUCAUCAAGGACUCGCACGGGCUCGCCUUCAAGCAGUGCCAGUACAACUGGUGGGACCACAGCUUGUCCAUAGGUGAAGUGCUGUUUCUGCUGUGGGGCAUCAAGGUCUGCUACAACGUGCGCAACGCCGAGUCUCUGUACAACGAGGCACGCCUCAUCAGCUACGCCAUAUACAACAUCGCCAUCGUCAACACCACCAUGGUCGCAUUCCAUCUCUUCAUCUUCCCGCACGCCGGGCCCGACAUCAAGUACCUGCUCGGCUUCAUCCGGACGCAGCUGAGCACCUCGGUGACGGUGGGGCUCGUGUUCGCGCCCAAGGUGGUGCGCGUGCUGCGCGGCCAGGGCGACCAGUGGGACAACCGGGCGCGGGCGCGCGGCGUGACGGCGUCCUUCUCCCUCAACGGCAUCGGUCUGGUCCCCGAGGAGACGGCCGACCUGUACCAGGAAAACGAAGAGCUCAAGGAGGAAAUCCAGAAGCUGGCCGCGCAGAUCGAGUUCUCCAAGAUCGUGGCCAUGGAGCUGCACAACCGCCACCUCAAGCCGAAACCGGGUGGGUACUUUAGCCAGGGGCAGGCGGUGACGCUGCAGUCGCCGAUGGGCGGCGGCGGCGGCGGCAUCGGCGGCCCCUUCGGCACCCGCACCACCACCACACAGGGCUGCCCGGGGCCGGGCAACAACGGGGGGCUCUUCAGGGCGCGGAACUCCAUGGGGGACGAGUCUAUUGCCUCCAGCGCGUCGGCGGCCGCGUCGGCCGAGGCUCUCGGGGCCGGGGGGGAAGUUAACAGCUAUUAUGUUACAAUUACAAUAUCGACAUUACUUGGAGUGGAGGGAUACAUUACACUUAGUAAAGCAUUUGACCUGCCAAAAAAGAGACACCAAUGCACACUUAAAACUGAUACUCACUCACUGUUCCAUGAUGAUGCAUCCUGA